UGUCAGCUCCUGCGCCGCUAUGUUUUGAAAAGUUGGGGCUGCUUCUGCUACUAAUUUCAUUUCGGACUGCUGUUUAUCCGGGUUUUUUAUAAUGUGUCUGGUUAAGAAAAAAAUGUAAACAUGCCGAAGUCUGUGAAAAAGCCCUGCACGACUCAGACCUCCAUCAGCAGAUACUUUGGAGGGCUGAGCAGCAGCAGCAGUCCUCAGUGUGGGAUUAAACCUAAUCCUACUGAGCACCAGCUACCGAGAGGAAAGCUGAAACUGUCUUCUGGUGAGGAUGGGUUGCCAUCCAAACGAGUCAAACUAGCUGUGAAGGACCAGCAGGUAGAAGAUCUAGAGUGUGAACCUGUACCUUCUCAGAGCAUUAAAGAGGCAAUGCCGACAUUGAACCGCGGAGGAGGUGGCCUUUCCUCCUCUACGUUGGAGAAGCUGAAAAGUUUCUCCUGCAUGUCUGAGCCCUUUGUCCGGCCCAUCCACGACGAAACAAAGGCAAAUGACCAUACCAGUAAAAGCUUUGAUAUGAGAAGCACUGUUUUACCUAUUUUUGGGGAUUCGCAUCAGCAAAUUAACAACACACUGCCACAGACAGAGGAGGAACGGGAGGAUGAAGCACAGGACAAUAAUGAAGAAGAGGAUCCAGAACUAGCAGCUACUAAUCAGGGAUUGUGCUUGUCUAAGUUUACAAAGACAGGAGGAAGACGAGGAGGAGGCAAGGCUGCAGAAGUGAGUCCUCCAUCAGACUCCAGCGCCACCUGCAGACGCUCCAGAAGCAUGUACACCCCCCUGGAGCACCAGGUUAUGGAGCUGAAACAGCAGCAUAGGGAUGCUCUGUUGGCAGUGGAGUGCGGCUACAAAUACAGGUUCUUUGGAGAGGAUGCGGAGAUUGCUGCAAAAGAGCUGAAUAUAAGUUGCCACCUGGAUCAUAACUUCAUGACAUGCAGCAUCCCCACUCACCGCCUGUUUGUUCAUGUCAGGCGCCUCGUGUCUCACGGACACAAGGUCGGUGUUGUGAAGCAGACAGAAACAUCUGCGCUAAAGGCCUCAGGGUCUAACAGAAACGCGCUGUUCAGCCGUCAGCUCAGUGCCUUAUACACCAAAUCUACUCUGGUGGGAGAGGAUGUAAACCCGGUCUGCAGAGUGGCAGAUUUGGAGGAGGGGGGCUGUGCUGAUGUAGUGUCCGACCCUCCUGACAGCUUCCUGCUGUGCAUCAGUGAGAGCUGGGACAAACUGAAGAAGCAUCUCUCCAUGGGGGUGGUGGCGGUUCAGCCCAGCACCGGAGACGUGUUUCUGGACUGUUUCCCUGAUGGCCCGUCUCGUUCUGAGCUGGAGAGCCGUAUCCUGAAGAUAAACCCAGUGGAGGUCCUGGUGUCUUCGGAUCUUUCAGAACAAACCUCCAAACUGCUGCUCAGUAUCGCCAAUGCCAGUGCUCAGACUGCCGACCGAAUCAGAGUUGAGAGAAGGGACAGCGCCGAGUUCGAGUUCACCUCUGCAAUGAGCACAGUCGUCAAAUUCUACUGCCACACCCCGGAGAAAGACUCGCGCUCUCUGUCGAGUGUGGCCUCCUUUGAGAGCCCGGUCAUCUGCUGCCUAGGGCCCCUCAUCCAGUACCUCCAAGAAUUCAAUCUAGAGAGAGUUCUUAGAAAUAAAAGCUCGUUCCGGCAUCUGCCCUGUGAAUCAGGGGGAAUGAACCUCAGUGCUGCCACUCUCAGGAACCUGGAAAUCCUCAAUAAUCAGACUGAUGGGAGUGUGAGGGGAAGUCUGAUGUGGGUGUUGGACCACACUCGCACUACGUUUGGAAGGAGGCUGUUGAGGAAGUGGGUCAGCCAGCCCCUUACAGACUUGCAAUGCAUAUUGGAAAGACAAGAUGCUGUGCAGGAAAUGAUGAUGUCAGAAUCACCAACUCUGAACUCUGUCAGAUCCCUUCUGUCACAUUUGCCUGAUCUGGAGAGAGGCAUCUGCAGCAUAUAUCACGGAAAGUCUUCCACACAGGAGUUUUACCUCAUCUGUAUGAGCCUUUCUCGCCUGGGGCUGGAACUGCAGGCUCUUCUCCCAGCUAUCCAGUCACAGAUCCGCUCCACACUGCUCCGGAGCCUUUUAUUGGAUACUCCUGACCUGCUAGCUCCGGCCCAUGGCUUUCUCAAGGUGCUCAAUGAGAAAGCAGCAAAGUCGGGAAAUAAAACGGAGCUCUUCUCAGAUUUGUCUGGCUUCCCAGUGCUGCAGGAAAGGAUGAGACAAAUCCAGGCUGUCCUGUCUGAGAUUCAAGCGCAUCGCAAAGAGGUCCGUUUGGUGCUGAAGUCCCCUGCACUUGACUACACGACUGUUUCUGGACAGGAGUUUCUGAUUGAGGUGAAGAACUCGCUGUCAUCAGUUGUUCCACCUAACUGGGUCAAAUUCAGCAGCACCAAGGCUGUCAGCAGGUAUCACUCCCCUUUCCUGGUUGAACGUUACAAGAAGUUGCAGCUGCUCCGAGAGCAGCUGAUGCUAGACUGCCAGAGCGAGUGGACCCAAUUUCUGGGUCAGUUUGGGGAGCAUUACCACACCAUGAAAAGGGCUAUUAGUCACCUAGCAACCAUGGACUGCCUCCUUUCAUUGGCUGAGGUGGCUAAACAAGGGAAUUAUUGCAGGCCAAAGGUGUGUGAAAAGAAGCACCAGAUCAUCAUCACUGAUGGCAGACAUCCUGCAAUAGAUUUAUUGAUGGGGGAGAACAGCCAGUAUGUCCCCAACAACACUACAUUACAGCGUGACGGCAGGAGAACUAUGAUAAUCACGGGGCCCAAUAUGGGGGGCAAGAGCUCCUACAUCCGCCAGGUCGCUCUAAUCUGUGUUAUGGCUCAGAUAGGCUCAUACGUUCCGGCCUGUGAGGCCUGUCUGAGCGUACUGGAUGGUGUUUAUACCAGAAUGGGGGCUUCGGACAACAUAUUCAAAGGUCGCAGCACGUUCAUGGAAGAGCUGAUGGAGGCUUCGGAGAUCAUUUCUCAUGCAACUGAACGCUCGUUGGUCAUCCUUGAUGAACUUGGACGGGGCACGAGCACUCAUGAUGGGAUCGCCAUCGCCUACGCUACCCUGGAAUACUUUAUCAGAGAUGUGAAGGCCUUCACCUUGUUUGUGACCCAUUACCCUCCUCUGUGUGAGUUGGAGCAGGUGUAUCCUGAACAUGUGUCCAACUUCCACAUGGCUUUCUUACUUAAUGAGCCUGACAUCACAACUGACGCUGGCGAUGGAGAGGUUCAGCCAGAGUUCAUCACCUUCCUCUACCAGCUAACUAAAGCAGCUGCAGGGCGAAGCUACGGCCUCAAUGUGGCCCGACUGGCUGAUGUUCCUGAUCCGAUACUACACACUGCCUCUCACAAAGCCCGAGAGCUGGAGACCAUGGUCAAUGCCAGGAGGAAGUAUAAGAAACUUAUCUCAGAUCUUUGGAGCAUCUCAGACAAAUCCUCCCUGGUGAAGUGGCUGCAGUCGAACUCUUGAUGUUUAAACAACAACGACCAUCGGACUAAAAACACAUAAACAAUAAAUCAUCAUGCUAUUAUUGACUGAACAUGCUUUUUCUAACGGAGCUUGUUGAUUGUACAGUUUUAGGUGAAUUGUCAGCAUGUGAAAAUUAUUUUAAGCAUCUCGUGUUCUGGUACUGCAACCUGUCAUCACAUCAAUUGAGACUAACUGAUCACAUUUUUACCAACAACUGAGUGGUUUUUGAUGUGUUUAUUACCUAAAUAAAGAAAAUGCCAUACAUAUCA